GCGCUAAAUUGUGUUUAAAACGUGUUUUGGCGCACUCUGUAUCUUUUAAUAUGUAAGAUGUGGCUGUUAGUGGUGUAUUGCAAUAUUUUCUCAACCUCAAAUUUACAUUUGAGACUAUUUUGGAAAACUGGAGAAAAACUGACAAGGGAAAUUCCUCCGCGCAGCGCGCCAUUGACUGUAAAGACCUUUCAACUUAACAAAAACUGAAGUUGACAAACGUAUCCUGACGUUGAAACUUUGUUGUAAGGGUUUAUAUUUUCGAAGAAAAAGAUCAUGCACUGCUCCGAGAUUUCCAAGCACGCUGGCCGUUCAGCAAACAGGCGACGAUGCCUGGAUUGAGCCUGCGUUUUGUUAUGAUUUCCAAGUGAAAUGCAAUUACUGCUAUCUCUCACUCGGUAGUCGGUUUGUGGACUAGUGCGCUUUUUCCCUGAACUUGUUCGUCGCCUCCGGAGCAAACCAUGGAUCACUAUGAGGAAGAUUUGGGACUCCGGGCGAGUAAAUUAAUGGAGGACCUUUCCUUAUAUGAAGCAUACAAGGAUGGAAUGUACAGUUCAAGGAGAGACAUGGUUAUCAACCCCGAUUUGGAUUUUUCGUCUCCAACGAUACCCGUGCAGAAAAGUAAGACAAUGAAUGGCAGCUCUGCGCCUCACCAACAGAUACACAGCGUUGAGAAUUACAUGUCUGGGAAUAAAGUGUACACUGCGGCUCCCGUGCGCCCCGUGAAUGGCAACAGAGCCGUUCCUGUGGAUUAUUGCACCCCUCAAAGAGACACAGUCUUUCCUAAUGAAGAUAGCUAUUGCACCAAAUCCGAAAUUGCUUUGCCGUGUUAUAGCGGCGCGUCCGAGCGGCACAGGCGGUACUCAUUGGAGGUGCAGGGGCAUAGGUACAGCACUGGUAGCGCGUACGAUGGAGUGGUUUUGAACAAGCCAGUACCCUCACCUGGCAACAGAUGCAACAGUAUUUGUAUUACCACCAACAACGACGGCAGAUACAAUGCAACCAGCCCGCGGUCCAGUUUCGUAUCCUCCCUCUCCUACCAGGAGCAAAGCAAACAUGCAAGCCCGAGGUCGAGCAUCAGUAGCCCGCGCACGAGUCUGUUGGUACCCGGGCAAGACAAGUACACUAGUCCCAGGUCCAGUCUGGUACACUGUGAAGGGAGCAGUGCCCUCAGCCCCCGGUCUAGCUAUGCAAGUACAGCCAGCGACACAAGUAAACAUUCCAGCCCAAGGGCCAGUCUGAACAGCUAUGACUGCUGCAGUAAGCCCAGCAGUAACCGCACCAGCGGCAUCAGUAUGGGCUACGACCAAAGGCACAUCAGCCCCAGGUCCAGCACAGCGAGCCAGUAUUCUUGUACCACCAGUCCACGUUCUAGCUAUUCAGAUUCGCGUUACAUGCCUGCGGGGAACCAUGAUCUGGAGGGUGCAGUUUUGCAUGGCUUGCCGGUGGCCAGUCCCCGGUCAAGCAUCUGCAGCCAGGACGGGUGUGCAAGACCCGGGACAAUAGCUAACUGCGUCGUUAGUCCCCGGUCCAGUAUCUCCAGUCACAGUUCUAGAAGUUCCCGGAGCUCCAGGGGAUCUAUGAGCACCUACCCAGAUCUCCAACUGCCUUCACCCAGGUCCUCAAUGCUGGGGACUGGUUUGCAGGAGGACAUACUAACACAAGAUUGUGGCGAUACCAACGGUGUUCAUAGUCGUAUCCAUCUCCAAGCGCUCUCUGGGAUGCCAGAGGCCCUGCCACAGCAUGCACCACAACAGUCAACCCAGGCAGGGAUGAACACAGAGGUGCCCGCUGGAUCACCAUCUUCUUCCUAUGGGCUCCAUACGAAAACUCCAGCCUCAGGGCAGAGGUUUAAACUACCUUACCAGGUGACCCCAUGCCGGGAAAGUGGCCCAAGCCAAGCAGAAAGGAGUCUGGAAGCACUCACCUUGGAGCUGGAGAAGGAGUUAGAAAUGCACAUGAAAAAAGAAUACUUUGGUAUCUGUAUCAAGUGUGGAAAGGGUGUGUAUGGAGCCAGCCAAGCCUGUCAGGCCAUGGGGAAUUUGUACCAUACCAACUGCUUCACCUGUUACUCCUGUGGGAGGAGGCUGAGAGGUAAAGCUUUCUACAACGUCAACGGCAAGGUCUACUGUGAAGAGGACUUCCUGUACUCUGGCUUUCAGCAGACGGCAGAGAAGUGCUUUGUAUGUGGUCACCUCAUCAUGGAAAUGAUCCUGCAGGCACUAGGCAAGUCCUACCACCCUGGCUGCUUCCGGUGUGUGGUCUGCACGGAGGGUCUGGACGGAGUACCUUUCACUGUGGACGUGGAGAACAACAUCUACUGUGUUAAAGACUACCACACGGUCUUUGCCCCUAAAUGCGCCUCAUGCAACCAGCCGAUCCUCCCUGCUCAGGGCUCUGAGGAGACCAUCAGGGUGGUGUCCAUGGACAAGGACUACCAUGUGGAGUGUUAUCACUGUGAGGACUGUGGCCUCCAGCUAAAUGAUGAGGAGGGUCACCGCUUACCCCUGGAUUGCCACCUGCUCUGUCACGGCUGUCACAUCCGCAAGCUAAAGGUCCCGGUACCCACCCACCCGCCCCCAGCUACCCACUACACGUCACUGAGCUGUGAGAGGAACCAACUAAAACCCACCGCUGACCCGCCUCCCAGGUGACCUGAGACAACAUAGCAGAAAGAAGAAGGAAUCCCCCGCCCACGGAAUCCCGGGAACUUCGGAACAGACAGACCCUGGGAGACUUCGCUCUCUACUUGCCGGCCGUGCCCUGGGGAGAGGAGAUAGAUACAGGGCCAUGGACAAGUCACAAGACCGGGCUGGGAGAG